GACACCUACCCCCUGUCGGCCCCCCAGAGGACGCCGGGCGGGACCCGCUACCGCAUCGCAGUCAUUGCCGACCUGGACACGGACUCCAAGGCCCGGGAGGAGAACACCUGGUUCAGCUACCUGCAGAAGGGCUACCUGACCCUGUCCCACAGCGGGGACCAGGUGGCCGUGGAGUGGGACCCGGGCCACAGGGUCCUGGAGUCCCACCUGGCGGAAAAGGGGCGGGGCAUGGAGCUGUCAGACCUGGUCGUCUUCAACGGGAAGCUCUACUCCGUGGACGACCGCACGGGGGUGGUCUACCGGAUCGAGGGCAACACGCCUGUGCCCUGGGUCAUCCUGUCCGACGGCGACGGCACCGUGGGGAAAGGCUUCAAGGCGGAGUGGCUGGCGGUGAAGGACGAGCAUCUGUACGUGGGCGGCCUGGGCAAGGAGUGGACCACGACCACGGGCGAGGUGGUCAACGAGAACCCUGAGUGGGUGAAGGUGGUGGGCUUCCGGGGCAGCGUGAACCACGAGAACUGGGUGGCCAGCUACAACGCCCUCCGGGCCGCCGCCGGCAUCCACCCGCCAGGCUACCUCAUCCACGAGUCCGCCUGCUGGAGCGACGCGCUGCAGCGCUGGUUCUUCCUGCCGCGCCGGGCCAGCCACGAGCGCUACCGAUCCGUGCGCCGCGUCGGGGAGGUGGUGCCCACGCACGGCUUCUCCUCCUUCAAGUUCGUGCCCAACACCGACGACCAGGUCAUCGUGGCCCUCAAGUCCGAGGAGGACGGCGGCAAGGUCGCCACCUACAUCAUGGCCUUCACGCUGGACGGGCGCUUCCUGCUGCCCGAGACCAAGGUCGGGGACGUCAAGUACGAGGGGAUAGAGUUUAUUUAAUCUUAAAGGUUCAGGCAGCAGGCGGGCCGAGGGCUGGACGGUUUUAAGCGGCAUCGGCGCCCCACGUCUAUAAAAAGCCGGGGCCUGCCCGUCUGUGGUGUUUGUUUUGCUCUUUUUCUUCCCGGGACCCCGGGGUGGAUCUGGGGUUUAGAGGCUCCAGAGCAGGGAGUUCAGGCCCCUGGAGCAGCUGAGGGACCUCUCGGAGCCGGAAGGGCCGCCCCAGGGCAGGCUCCGGGCUCCCGGGCCUGGGCCUGUGUGCUGCCCUCUGGCGGUGGAAGCUGCGCGUGGCGGCCGGGCUCCGGGCGGCCCUCCCCUGCCCUCCAUCGGGCCUUGUUUCUCUUCUUUUGUUCAACGAAUGUAUCUUGGCUCCUGCCAUCAAGUGCGGAGCCCGUCUGGGACAGAGCAGGGACCGGGGAUCUGAAGUGCCCCCGCCCACCAGGAGCUCAAGCCCCCUCCAUCCCGAACCUCGGGCACGAAGGCCGUCCCCCUGCUCGGAGAGGACCUGUUGACACCGCGGACAGACGGACAGACGCGGCAGGGCUGUGAGCGGGGCAGCCCAGGCCGCCAGCCCCCCUGCGGUCCCCAGCCUCACAUGGACAAUCUGUUUCCUCGGCCGGUUCCAUGUCCUCCCUUCAGGAAAAUUCUGUGGCUCCGUAGCUCUUUGAAGCUUUAAUUAUUAACUUACUCUAAUUAAAGCCAUCUCCUUUCUUAU